AUGGAGCACGGUCGCGCAAAGGGCGAACACAAAGAUGCCGAACAAAAGGAGGACAAUGACGAGCACUCCUCCGAAACCAAGCAAGCCACUCCCAAAACGACAAAGACCAUAGUCAAAAGAACCAACCCCUUCACAAAAUCAGUUAUGAAUUUCAAAAUGCCCGAGAACCUCACACUACCAUCAACCCUAAAACCUUACCAGGAAAUAGGAGACCCAAACGUCCAUGUAACCAAAUUUUAUACCAUGAUGUUCAUGAAUAAAGAAUCCGACCACAUCCUAUGCCGAACCUUUCCAACCUUCUUAGACGGAGCCGCACUCAUCUGGUUUUCCAACUUACCUGAAGGCUCUAUCUCGAGUUUUGACGAGUUAGCUGACCAGUUCGUCAACCAUUUUGCUGCCUCAAAAAUCUAUGUCCACAACUCAGACUACCUGAGCACAAUCAAACAAGGACCAAACGAAAGCCUGAAGGACUAUAUGACCAGAUUCGCAGAAGCAACUAAUGAGAUACCCAAUCUGAAUCCCGAAGUCCAUCUCCACGCUCUGAAGAGUGGCCUCCGCCCUGGGAAGUUCCAAGAGUCCAUCGUCAUAGCAAAGUCCAAAACACUGGCCGAAUUCCGAGAAAAGGGCAACAACCUAAAUCGAGGUGGAAGAAUUCCGAGCACUCAGGAGGGCGGAAAAACCCGCCCCAAACAGAGAAGAAGACAGACGAAGCAGGCAUCCAACCAGCAGGACAGACCAAAGACCGUUCAGACUAACACCUAA